AUGUUUGCUAGUACCGCUGAAUACCAUACUUAUAAACCCGAUUUCGCACCAAAGCACACCAAGGGCGCAUUGUCAUCGCUUUCUUCAGUCUCAUCUUCAAAUUCAAUUGUCGAUUUCAAUACAGGAGACUUGUUACCAGACCUUUGGCAGACAUCUUCCAAUGAGUCAAGCGUAUCUGACAGCUUAGACUACACAAGUGCAUUUACUAAGUAUCAGCCACAAUCACAUUCGCCUUGUCGUAACCACUUUAGCCCCUUCCAAGUUCAAGUUCAAGUUCAAGGACAGCCACACUCACAACCACCCUCGCAACCACAGCCACAACUUUCACCUUUUAAUGAUGCCCGCCAUAUCACACAAACUACAUUAUUUUCCGAUGUGUCCCCAUUUGGUCAAAAUUAUACUCAGCUGCCGGUACAGAGAGCUUCACCACUAUGGCAUCAACCUUUAGGACAAUCAACCAUGACGAGCCAAACAUCAUGGAACAUUCAACAACCACAACCGCCUAUAGCAAAUCCAUUUCACAUCGACGACAACCAACAACAAAUAUAUUUAUUAGACGAAGAGAUUCCACGCAAUGGAAGCGUCUCCAAUGACACUACAAUUACAGUCACUGCACAAUCACCAACCUCAUCACACACUGACAGCCCUCCUCAACCUAAAACGAAGGCAGUAAACACUCAACUAUACAAAACGGAAUUGUGUGGACCGUUUAUGAAGACGGGCAACUGUCCGUACGGCCAUAAGUGUCAGUUUGCUCAUGGUCAAGCUGAAUUGAAACACAUUGAACGACCACCAAAGUGGAGAUCAAAGCCUUGCGCUAAUUGGGCAAAGUAUGGAAGCUGCAGGUACGGCAACAGGUGCUGCUUCAAGCACGGCGAAUAA